CACAUGUAAAACGACUAUAUAUUUAGAUAAAUAAUAACUAUAACUAAAAACAACGUUUAACAAGUUGAGUUCUCUUUGAAUAUCUCGUUUUUGUAUCGGAAUUCUAUAAAUCAUGAGGCUUGUGAACUCAAUUUAGGAUACUAGGUGAACUUGAUAAGAAUAUCGUUUCGUAGUGUGAGAUUUGAAAAGAUUUGGACUUAGAUAGUAUAAAUGAGCUCUCUCUAUAUAGCUCAAGGUAAGCUCAAGUAGCUUAUAAAAGCUAAAUAAUCCCAUAAGGAAACCCUUUGCAAUUCAUAUAACCACAUAAGAGCUCAUGCCAGUUCAUUAGAUAUAGUAAAUGUAACUCAAACAAGAUUAAAAUAGGUGAAAUAUUGGUAGCUAAAGAGAUAUGGAAGAGCACUCGACUGAUCAUGAACUCUAGCAAACUUUAGCUCAAGGAGAUUAAACUCCAGCUCACUCCAUCUUGAUCCAAUUUUGUGAUAACUCAUUUAGAUCACAUUGAUAAGAGCUUAGUUGAGCUCAAUCUAUCUCAACAACGCUCCCUUUAGUCCCAGUCACAAAGACUUAGGCCAUGAUAAUUCUAAGCUAGUGACACUAAUUAGAGGUUAGUUACACUAGCUGGAAGUAGUUGAAUGUGGUUGACUUAUGUGGCAUACGUAUAGGUGGAAGUUAUAUGCUAUGUCACAUAGUGAUUGUCUCAACACAUUCGUUUUAAAAGCAAGCGUAAUAAGUGUAAUGAUAAGAUGGAAAACAUUAGGACAAUGAGUUUGUAACACUAGCCAUGCGGAAGUUUUUAUAUGAUCCUUGGGUGAAAAGGCACGUGGCUUAGCAUCUUGAUAAGGCGGUGACUGUUUAAUUAGCACAUGUUUUUUGGGCAAAACAAUACAUACAUUGGAGUGUAAUUUCAAUUUUCAAAAUGUCAUAUAUAUUUAACUCCUACAACCAUCGAUCGCUCUUACUGAAUUUGUGCUCACCUUCUUCUUAGUCAAUUAAUGUUCAUAUGAAUGUUUAUAGAAUUUGUACAGGUCUUGUGGACGUGAUUUAUCAAAACCCCUAGUUUUGCUGCUAAUGGAUUUCAAGCUUCUGAAUUGUCGUUGAAUGAUUCUUGUCACGAGAUCAAAACAGUCAACAUUCACAGAGAUGCAUUAUGUAGUCUUUCUAAUUUAAAAAUCAAAUUUUUUACGAAGUUUAUGUCUUAACUCAAGCUAGACAAAAUAAUAUCUAGGCAAGGAAGUCACAUUUUGUUCACUAAUUAGUAAUUAGUAAUUGGCAUAGAGUGGAAGUAUCAUCAUGCCAACUUUUUUUUUGCUGUAAAUGGCUAAAAAGUACUUUUCCCAUAAAUAGAUCCGCAAUUAUUAGCACGAUGAAUUGGUUUCUCUCAAGGAGUGAAACCAAAGCCACAUUUGUUUAGACGAAUAGUAAGGGCUAAUGUUAAAGGGAGAAAGAAACAAAACGAAAGGAUCAGAUAUUAGGUACAGAGGAGGGACAAGAAUGUAAAACAAAAACCUGUGGUAGAGGAAUCAAUUAAUGAAUAAUGAUGCUCUCUGUCUUCUUCUCCUCCCUUUUUUUUUUUUGUGCUCAGAAUUCUGCAAUUUCUUGCAUAUAAAGUUAGAUGAAAUUAUCUGCAAGUACAGAAAGUGGCAAUUCUCACACACACUCUCUCUCUCUCCAGAUUUCUUCCUUCUCCUCCGGCUAAUCCGGUCGAUGAACUUCCAUAGCUAGAUAAAAUCGUCACAUAGAUCGAUGAGCAAGAGGAAGACUCCGACCACCAACUAUUACCCGGCGGCGGAUCUCAAUCUAGACAUCCUCCUCCUCUCCGCCGCUCCUCCACCAUCGACGGCGGCGAAGAAGCUCAAACCGUCAUCAAUGGACGCUCAGGUCCCAGAUCGGGACCGCCCUGACGACGAUUCCCCCGCCACUUCCGACUCCUCCUCCGACGUCAUCAACACCGAGGAAGAACCGUUUCCCCGCUCUUUUAACAACACCGCCGCCGCCCCCGCCGCUCCUUCAUUCGUAUUCGACAUUUGGAGGAAGGAGGGCUCCGAUGCGCCGCCGUAUAGUGUUCCGACCACCCAUCAGCUUUUCCCGGAGAGCAGCGCCGCCGUCGGCGGCGCGGGAUCCGAACUCAACCUCCUUGCCGCGCCGAAUCAGUGGCUGAAGCUGUCGGAGGCUGAACCGAUAGCUGGAGCUUCUGCCGUCGGCGGCGGGGGAGAGGCGGCGCCGCCGAAGCCGAGGAAGAGCAGGCGUGGGCCCCGGUCGAGGAGCUCGCAGUACCGAGGGGUUACCUUUUACCGGCGAACCGGCCGGUGGGAGUCUCAUAUUUGGGACUGUGGGAAGCAAGUCUAUCUAGGUGGUUUCGACACUGCCCAUGCUGCAGCCAGGGCUUACGAUCGGGCUGCGAUCAAGUUCCGGGGGGUGGAUGCGGAUAUCAACUUUACUUUGGGUGAUUACGACGAAGACAUGAAGGCGACCAAGGAUUUGAACAAGGAAGAAUUCGUGCACGUGCUGCGGCGGCAGAGCACGGGGUUCUCACGGGGGAGCUCCAAGUACAGAGGAGUAAACCUUCACAAAUGCGGCCAAUGGGAAGCCCGCAUGGGCCAGCUCCUCGCCAAUAAAGCUUAUGACAAGGCAGCCAUUGAGCACAAUAAUGGCACGGUAGCAUUGACAAAUUUCCAGCCAAGAGAACUCAACACUAAUACUUUUCAUGGAAGGGAGGAUGAUCUUGACCUAAGAUUGGGAAUGUCACCAAAAUCAACCAGCGAUGGAAGAAAGAAGAAUCCCGCAAUCAUGGAAGCAAGAGUAGUACCGCUGGUUGACAAAACCACUAGCGUCGAUGGUCCUGGCAGUAGAGCAGCAGGACCGCCGUUCGGUUUCCGACCUCUUCACGGCCUGCCCAUUAAUAUCGCCUCCACGUUUGACCCGCAAAUUAGGGGCAGCGGCAAUAUUCCAACGACAGCAGCAGGAGGCCAGUUCGGCAGUAGCAGUAGUUGGGCGCAUCGUCAGCAAUUCACCGGCGUUGUUAAUACCGACGGCGUUCCCAUGUGGCCGUCGUCGCCGCAGCAGCAGAUUAUUGCAGCAUCAUCAGGAUUCCUAGCUUCGUCUAGUAUUAACAUGAACAGACCAAACGCGCGUGUUGGCUCUUCUUCUUCGCCCUCUCCGAAUGUCAAUCCCUUCCAAAACGGCAACCAGUAUUGCUACUCUCACAAUAGGCCGGGGCAAUAGUGGUAAUUGCCGAGGCUUCCCGUCUCUCUUAUCGUGUGUUUAAUUUCCGGGCUACUUUGUAGAAUAGUCAUUGUAGUUAGCUCUGGGUAUUUUUUCUUCUUCUUCUUCCUUUCUCUGUACUGUUAAUUAAAUGGAAUUGUUAUUUUGUAUAAAGUCACACUACUCUCUUGCAGUUGCUUCUCUGUGAUUUGUAUUGGAAACGGAGAGGCAUUAUUUUAAGUGUUUAUAUCAGAUUUUUGUUGGUUACAAACUUACAAUUCUUCACUUAUUUGGAGCCUUCAAUAUGUGAUGUCCGUUUUAUUUUUUUAGAUGCCCACUCAUUAAGUCACCAAUACAAAUGAUAAUCGUUU